UCUUUCUUUUUGGACUCUUCGGUAUCGGGGAAAAUUGCGGGAAAAUCAACAAUAACUCGGUCAAUAACGAAGCUAAAAUGAUGGAUAUGUCCGAGUUCGAGACGGACAAUAUGAAGAAUUGCGUUGUAGAAUCCAGUUUACCAGACUGCGUGAAAUCAGAGCCAUGCUGGUUAGGAAUCGAUGAAGCUGGCAGGGGGCCGGUGCUAGGUCCUAUGGUCUAUGGUAUUUGCUUCAGUCCCUUAUCACUCCGUGAAAAAUUUGGAGAAAUGGGAUUUGCCGAUUCCAAGACUUUGACGGAGGAACAACGCGAGGGUAUAUUUGAGAAAAUUUGUGCUGCUUCAGACAUGAUGGCCUGGAUUGUUGAACUGUUAUCCCCGACAUUUAUAUCCAAUGGAAUGCUGGGAAGAUCGAAAUACAACUUGAAUGCAAUGUCACAUGACUGUGCAAUACGCCUGGUACAGAGAGCCCUGGACCUCGGUGCCAACAUUUCAGAGGUUUAUGUCGAUACCGUAGGGGACCCAGAAAAAUACCAGACCAAGUUAAAGAACCUGUUUCCCAACAUCCAGAUCACCGUCGCCAAGAAGGCUGACGCCCUCUAUCCCAUCGUCAGUGCUGCCAGUAUAUGUGCCAAGGUUUGUAGAGACAGAGCAUUGUCUAAGUGGAAGUUUCAGGAGGAGAUAACUGUGGAUGAGGAGGGGUAUGGGAGUGGCUACCCAGGAGAUCCUAAGACAAAGAAGUUUUUGUCAGACAGCAUGGACAAGGUCUUUGGAUUUCCCCAGUUUGUCCGAUUUGGUUGGUCCACUGCAGCUGUGAUUUUACAGAAAAAUGCUGUGCAGGUCAAAUGGGAUGAUGAGGAAGAAGAUGAAGAAAAGAAUACAGUCAAGUUAACGACUUUUUUCCAAAAGAAAGGACAUGAUCCCAAAUGUGAAAGACACUCGUAUUUUAAAGACCGAUGUCUGGGUUCUGUAGCAUCAUUUUAAUCAUUAUUUAUUUAAAAAAUCAGUCAUUAAAACAUAAAAAAAGCUG